GUCGACUGCGGAACAUCUCACGGCAUUGCUGAUUCAUUAAUCUCUUCGGGGGAAAUCGUCAACUUGCAAUCUAAGAUUUCAGCUCCGGUUCUUGUUGCUCGCCAUGUCAGCCGCUCAGUUGCUGAAUCCAAAGGCGGAAUCCAGGAGACGGGGUGAGGCGCUGAGAGUCAAUAUCAGUGCUGGUGAAGGUCUCCAGGAUGUCCUUAAGACAAACCUCGGCCCUUCGGGUACCUUGAAGAUGCUUGUCGAUGGCGCUGGCGCGAUCAAACUCACGAAAGAUGGCAGUGUCCUAUUGAAAGAAAUGCAAAUCCAAAACCCAACUGCUGUUAUGAUUGCUCGCGCUGCCACAGCACAAGAUGACAUCACAGGAGACGGCACAACAUCUGUGGUCCUUAUGGUUGGAGAGUUGUUAAAGCAAGCGGAUCGAUAUAUCUCGGAGGGUCUGCACCCACGAAUCAUCACGGAUGGCUACGAGAUUGCCAAGGCAGAAGCUUUGAAAUUCCUUGAAACCUAUAAACUGAAAAAGGAAGUGGAUCGGGAGCUUCUUCUCUGUGUGGCUCGAACUUCUCUUUCCACCAAACUCAACAGCACGCUCGCUGACCAGCUCACACCUUCAAUCGUCGAUGCCGUUCUCGCCAUCUAUAACCCUCCGGCGAAGCCUGAUCUUCAUAUGAUUGAAAUCAUGAAGAUGCAACACCGUACCGCAUCCGAGACCCAACUGAUUCGAGGUCUGGCGCUUGACCACGGUGCCCGACACCCUGAUAUGCCCAAACGGGUGGAAAAUGCAUACAUUUUGACUUUGAACGUCAGCUUGGAAUAUGAGAAGUCAGAGAUUAACUCUGGCUUCUUCUACUCGAGCGCUGAGCAAAGGGACAAAUUGGUCGAGAGUGAGCGAAAAUUUGUCGACGAAAAGCUGCGGAAGAUUGUCGAACUCAAGAAAGAGGUCUGUGGAAAUGACCCAAAGAAGAACUUUGUUAUCAUCAAUCAGAAGGGUAUCGACCCACUUAGCUUGGACGUUUUGGUUAAGAAUGGCAUUCUUGCCCUGCGGCGCGCGAAGAGACGAAACAUGGAGAGACUGCAAUUGAUCUGCGGCGGUAUCGCCCAAAACAGCGUCGACGAUCUGACACCAGACGUUCUGGGUUGGGCUGGACUGGUAUACGAGCAUCAGCUGGGAGAGGAGAAAUAUACCUUUGUUGAGGACGUCAAGGAACCCAAGUCGGUGACGUUGUUGAUCAAAGGCCCCAAUGCGCAUACUAUAACCCAGAUCACGGAUGCUGUGCGAGACGGUUUACGCAGUGUCUACAACAUGAUUGUGGAUGGAAGUGUCGUUCCUGGUGCUGGUGCCUUCCAAGUAGCUUGUGCGGCACAUCUGUCGAGCGAGGCAUUCCGAAAGACGGUCAAAGGAAAGGCGAAAUGGGGCGUUCAAGCUUUCGCCGAUGCGUUGCUGGUGAUCCCCAAGACUCUGGCUUCCAAUUCAGGACACGAUAUUCAGGAUUCGCUGGCGGCGCUCCAGGACGAACAUGCCGACGGCAAUAUUGUCGGGCUUAACCUAACAACCGGUGAGCCUAUGGAUCCGACUCAAGAGGGCGUGUACGACUCCUUCCGAGUGCUGCGGAAUUGCAUUGCUUCCAGCACUGGUAUCGCUUCCAACCUCCUUCUCUGCGACGAAUUGCUCAAGGCCCGACAGAUGGGAAGACAAGGUGAACCAGGCGAGUAAUCGAUAACAUGAUGACGAUUCAGCAAAUGCUUUUCCUCAUUGCGACUUCGAUUCCUACGAUGCAUGCUCUGUAGAAUUUUUAUGAUUAUCUUCCUGUAUGAUAGACCUUUCCCAAAGCGUCUGAAAAACCGCAUGGUGGCGAGCAUGGAAUCAUAAGAAAGUUUCAAUUUGUACAGUCCUUUUCCUAUCACUUUUGUAGUCAUGAUAGUUUUCUUCUUCCAGAGGGGGGUUAUUUCAGGUGAAUUCACGGAUAUGAGAUGCCGAGAGAAAAGUCUGAGAAUCUAGGAGAAGAUGAAGGGCAGGCGGGAAAAGGGAUGUGACGAUUCAACCCCCUUAAGUUCAUGGUGGAGAGAGUAUCAGCUCAAUAGAUAGUAGGUGCGCAUAUAGCAAAAAACUUCGGUAC